AUGACUCUUUGGAUACCGAUGACACCAGUUGUGGUCGUUUUUACUAUUUUACAGUUAGUUGCCAGCGAAACGUCGACAGUUUAUCCAGGUGAUACUUGCAAAGUUCUGACAUGCAAAAAUGGAGGCAGCUGUUUGAUUGAUGGAAGCGGAAACGUAGAGUGCGCAUGUGCAAUUGGGUAUACCGGGACCAGCUGUGAUGAAGAUAUCAAUGAAUGUCCUACGAAAUGUUACCAACUGAACACUGUAUGCCGAAACUUUCCCGGAGGCUUUCGAUGCGACUGUAUAAACGACUAUGAAGGAGAUUCACCCGAGUCGAAGCCUUGCAGUGCCAUCAACAAGGACGAGACUGGUUCAAUUUCAAUACUGAUAUUCUGCGGUAUCGCCGGCGUUCUGCUCAUUACUCUAAUUGGCGGGAUGACCUGCUUCUUCUGUUGGAAGAAAGACAAGCCGGCUGGCUCCGCCAAGAGAGUCAAGGUGUUCGCAAGGCCAUCUUUGGAACAACGGGAGCUCAGGAAGGUUUCAUACGUAGAGGAGCGAAGGUCCAGUCUGUAUGAUGAAGCACCAGAGGAAGUUCCAGAGAAAAAUCUCACCGCAGUGCGUCCGUCAACAAAGAGGAGAUCGAUUGGUAUGGAGAAGCCGAUUGCUCACCAGGCCCACACGGCCCAAGAAGCGGAGCUUGAUUUUACUGACCACGGCGAUGGGAAACAGUGUGGAAGUGCUGCCUCAACGAUGUCUGCUUCAUCUAAAUCGGGUGAAACUCAGACAUCACACGGUUUCAAACCUGCAGGCACUGAUUCGCCUGAUGUUCUUGGGGAUAUAAUUCUUUCUGUAGAUACGCUGACUGCAACUUCGGACAGUCUUUUUCCUGCUGAACUUGGAGAUUCACUGACAGAUCUUUCUGUGGCUGUGUCGCGAUCGGUUAAUCUCAAAGGGAAGAGACUCGGAAGUGAAGGGGGAGGUGACAUUGGGCAUGCCAACAAAACUCGCAAUGGAAAAGAGGGGAUGAUGUUUUACAUCUGAAGUUGGUGCACCUCGAUAUUCAGCGUGGUGCACAAUCCGACCUCAUUGUCUUACUUCUGGCGUUAUCAUAAGCCCAUCUAU